GAGAACUUCUCACAGGAAGUUCACAGGUUGCCGCAGUGGCUGCACCUAGACCUGACCUAUAUUACCGCUGAAUUCGCGCUUUCUCAGCACGAUAGGUAUGCGAUAUGUGCAGGGUUCUCUAAGCGUACUAACGCGUCAGUACUAGUGAUUCCUGGUGGUCUAUUCAACGAUGACAGACUAUCCUGCUGUAACUGGAUUCUAUCGACUACUGUUCUUGUACCUCGAGCCUUUCUCUACCGUCUUGCCUGCUGUUAUUAUUUGGGGCGUUCCCGGAGCGGCAUGGUUCCAUCAUGAACUUGUGCCGGAUGGCACGCCACCAUCUGAAGCGUUUAUGGAUGCUCGAACGACUAUGGCGGUAUGGCAGCUGGGAAACUGCUACUUUCUGUUAGGUCUCCUCGAGGGUCUGGGCUUGCGCGCAGUGCGUGACGCUUUACCAGAUAACCCUGUCGCCCAGGAACGUAUUGCUGGCGCUACCUUUACCGCUAUGGCCAUCGCUGACGUAACACACAUCAUUGCUUCCUGGCUUGCUCUUCCUGCUUCACUGCAGUAUAACCCUUCCGCCUGGAAUGGUACCACUCAUGGUAAUAUCACGUUUGUGGUGUUCCUUCUCGCAACAAGGCUUGCUUGGUUCGCCGGUGUCGGACGUCAGAGAUACUAUUAUGGUCAGCCGUCCAAGAUUUCGAAGAAAGAAUGAUGUCCACGAUGGACUGCGCACUGUGGAUCCGCCGUGACGGCUGAAUGUCCUUGGCCAGGCUGCCGAGAUCGACUGCUCGCAGGCAGUGUACAGAAAAUGUCUGACUACUACGAUGCUACGACAUGUACAUAGUAUACAAUUUCUACAUUCAUCCCUGCGUCAGAGUCGUUU